AUGGUGGCACAUGUUCUACCGUUUUUACUUUUGGUUUUUCUGGCACUUGGUGACACUUUACCACAGACAAAUGUGACGAUCGACAUCGCGUCAGUCAAAAAUUCUUUGGUAAAAGAAGUUAUUCCGCGUUUUAAAAAUCACAUCGAGAAGAUCAACAAACAACAACCAACUGUGAAACAAAAUUUGGAAGUAUUGGUGACAAAAUGUGAAAAAAAAGGAGAACGUCUCAAGAAACGCGUCGAGGAAGUCAAAGUCAAUAUGAACAAAUAUGUUGUGAGGAUGGAGGAAAACGACUCACUCAAACGUGGAGCUAUGACGAAGUUGAACAAAGCAAAGAAAGAGAAAGAUACAACAAACAUAGCAGCACAAACUUCCAUCCUUUCAAAAUACGCCGCUGCGUGCUCGAAGACUGAAACAAAACUGAGGAAAAUGCAAAAUAAGCUUCAAAAAUUAGCGCAACAAGUCGAAGAGAACAACACAGCACUGAGAAAACGAAGAGCAGCAUUAAAACAAUGUGACGAACUCAAAAACAUUCGAAUUGAGCGAAACAAUGCGACUAUUGGAGAAAUCGAAAGUUUAAUUAAAAAACAAGAAAUGUCAACUGCACAAAUUGGAAUAAUGAAAACAAAGAUGGAGGAAUUGAAAGGCGUUGGUAUCGUUAAUGGCGAAUAUGACACAAUAAGACGUCAGAUAGUCAAAGCAGAGAGAAAGGAGAGCAAAAUAGAACAGAUGUUGGACGACCUUUUGAAGGCGAUGAACAAGAGAGAAGCCCUUAAAAAGAAGUUUAAAGAGGAGAAGGAGAUUCUUGUCGAAAAGCAACAAACUGUCAAGACGCAGUUAAGCAGGGACAAAGCAGUUUUGCAGCGAAUUGUUACACGAAAGGAAGCCGCAUUGAAAAAGAAACUUUCAGCAACCACACAAACUGAAAAGAACGAGGCCAAAAAUGAAAUCAAAACAAUCAAAUUGGAGAUGAAAGGGUUGAAACAACGUGUGAAUGACAACGCAAAAGUAAUGAAAGGGAUAAAUAGACAAAUCGCUCUUUUGAAAAAUGAAUAUGAAGCAAAGAAGAAAAUUAUUGCUGGGAAACUUGUGAGAGAGAAAAUUACACAACUCAAGGAAGAAAGAACUGACAUUCGAAAGAGAAUCCAAAAUUUGAUGAAGCGAUACAACAAAAUUGAGCGAAUGGUCCUCACUGAAGACAUGGAACCGGCAAAGAAAACUGAUUUGAAGACACGUCUUGGUCAAAUAGAAAACGAUGUCAAAAUUGCUCGCGUCUCUCUCAAGACCGUUUCUGAUGAAAUCAAAAAGUUCUACGACGAAAAAGCUGCGCGGAAGGAAAAGAAACUUUCAAAGAUGAGACAAAUGAAAUUUGCAUUGGACAAAAAAAUUGUACUUCUCCGCCGGUUACGUGGGAUGGUCGAGAAGAAGUUGAUGAAAGAAAAAAGCUCGACACAGCGCAAGAUGUUGUUUAAGAAGAUCACUGCAAUGAACAAAAAGAUUCGACUCAUCCGAAAAAGGUCCAUUCGAAUUGGGUUGUCGUUACAGCGACACGUCAUCAAGAAAGCAAGAAAAGGAUCAAAGCGGUUAAUACACCUCGAGAGGAAAGAACGAUCCAUUCGAGGAUAUCUUUCACGUCUUCAAGUUAGAAAAGAGAAGUACUCUGCCUCGCCAAAGAUGGUAGCAGCACUUCCACAAGUCAAGAGAUUAGUCAGUGAGAGUACAUCACGACUGAAAAAAAUCAACGAGCAGUUGAAGCAUACUGAAGACGAGGUUGAAAGAUAUGAAGCAGAGGUGAAGGAAAUUAAGAAACUUGCACGUGAAGAGGCACAAGUUCAAGUUGUUGAGUUGCAAAAGAAGAUACAUGGAGUGAGUGCCCGUAUCAAAGCGUUGAGUGGGAGAAAGGGAGAGAAGAUACAUGAUAUCAGAGUGAUGUUAAGACUGAAGAGAGAUAGAUUAAAAAGACGACUUCAGAGAAACAAGAAAAUAGCGGAAACACGACAGAGGGAAGAAGGGGUAUUACGUUUCAAUAAAUCGCUUCGUCUUGGCACGAAGAAGAUUCGUAAAGUCAUUUCAUUGAGAGAGAGGGCCGCCUACUUACAGCAUAAAGUUCAAGAAGCAAAAGAGUUAAGAAAGAAUUUGGGCGAUGUCUUAACCAAAGGAAGUGUCAAAGAAGAGGUGGACAACAAGAGAGAUCAACUGAGUGUUACCCAAACGAAGUUGAAAUUGAAACUUGAAAAGACCGAGUUUGAGACGAGACUUGCUGUGCAAACACUUUUCCAGGCUUCUGGUGAGGAAAGAGCAAUUUACGAAGCGACGAACGAAAGACUUAACAACGAGUUGAAAAUGUUGAAAAAACAAGUAGCCAAAGUUGAGUCGACGUUGAACCAAACACAAUUCAUCAAAGAUGCAGAUGAACAGAAAUUGGCAGUAUUGGACGACCUUAAAAAAGACGUUAAAAACACACAAAAAGCAAUUCAAGAAAUACAGAUCCAAAGCCAACAUUUCACUGACUUAGUCGUCCAAGCAACAAAAGGCGUUUUUGAUAAGGAUGUACCACAAAAGGCCAAGUGUGAAAUGUGCACAUUCCUUGCAAGAGAAGCGUUGACUGAAAGAAAAUAUAAUGCAGAGGGAAAAAUCCAGGUCAUGAGAAAGAUGGACCGUGUUUGCAGAAAGUCGAAAUAUCCAACAACAUGUUACCAGAUCAUCACAAAAAUUGGGUCAAGAAUAUACAACGACAUCAAGUCACCAAGCUCCUUGUGUUCUUCUCUCUACAAAACUUGCUAA